AUGGACCCCGCUAAGGUGAAAGUAAUACAGGAAUGGCAGGCCCCUACUAAUAUAAGAGAAGUCCGACAGUUCCUAGGGUUCGCCAACUUUUACCGACAGUUCAUCCGAAACUACUCUGAGAUAGUCCGACCGUUGACUAACCUCACACACCGUGGUACUCUCUUUACAUGGAAUGACCAAUCUGACAAAGCCUUUAAAGAUCUAAAAAGCCUUUUUAUCACUGAGCCUGCUCUAGUCGCCUUUGACCCUACGCGGAAAACAAUAGUGGAGACUGAUUCUUCAGGAUACGCCAAUGGAGGAACGCUUUCCCAAUAUGACAACGAAGGACGGCUCCGAACCUGCGCCUACUACUCACGGAAGCUGAACCCAGUGGAAUGUAACUAUAAGAUCCAUGAUAAAGAGCUACUUGCUAUUAUUGACUGCAUGAAGCAAUGGGAAGCUGAACUAAUGUCCCUGGACGGCUCCUUCACGGUGGUGACUGACUAUAAGAACCUACGCUACUUCAAUACAAUCCGAAGGCUAAGUGAACGACAGAUGCGCUGGCAAAUACUCCUUUCCCGAUUCCAAUAUGAACUUGUUUAUCGCCCAGGCGCACAAGCCUUCCAACCUGACGCCCUCUCCCGAAGACCACAGGAUAUGCCACAGGACUAUAAUGAUGACCGUCUUACUUAUCGAGACCGGAUCCUUAUACCACUAAAUAUACAAGCCUGCCCUGUUGAGGUUCUGAGAGAAGCUAUCCCAAAGCUAGAUACCCUCUGGCAACAAGCAGAGGCACAGGAUAAGAUAUAUGACCGCAUACGCCGUGCUGUAUCUGAUAAGCUACGAACAUUCCCUAGAGAACUAGGCCUUAAAGUUACUAUAUCCGAUUGCAAGACCGACGAACAAGGACGGCUUUACCAUCGAGGCCGACGAUGGGUCCCUGAAUAUGAGCCGCUACGAACUAAGAUCAUACAGCAAAGCCACGACUCACUACUCUCAGGACACCCAGGACAUAACGGGACAAGUGCUAUAGUAGGACGAGCAUUCUUCUGGCCUCAUAUACACCAGGAUGUCCGACGGUUCACGAGUAACUGCGACAAAUGUGGCGCGAACACCAUCUGGAGAGAACGGCGACAAGGAUUAUUAAAGCCACUACCAAUCCCUGAAAGGAAAUGGCGUCAAAUAAGCACUGAUUUUAUCGACAAGCUCCCUGAAUGUGGUGGAUAUACGAACCUUAUGGUUAUCGUGGAUCGGCUCUGUAAAGGUGUUAUCUUAAUCCCCUUAAAAACCUCUCCGCUGAAACAGUAG